AUGGAGGAAAAUUUCCAAGUUGUUAUCCACCACAGUGGAAAGUUCAUAAAAGAAGGGAAACUUAACUAUGAGGGGGAGAGUACAACUUUGUCGUUUGACCCAGACAUGUGGAACUAUUUCCUUGUAGUGAGUGUGGUGAAAGGGCUAGGUUAUGAUGGGUUUAAGGAGUUGUGGUACUGCGUAGGUGGUGGUUCUGUGUUAGAGAAUAGGUUGGAGCCUUUGUUGGAUGACAUAGGAGCCAUGCACAUGAUUACCUUAGCUAGGCUUAAUGGUGAGGUGCAUCUUUUUGUUGUUCACACAGUUUCUGAACCUGAGGUGAUACAUAUGUUCGAAUAUGUUUCUCAGAAUACAGCUAAAGUAGAAACUGUUCAGGCUGAAUGUGAACAGGAUACUGGGGGUGAAUGUCAACAGGAUGGUGAAACACAAUGUAAGGUGCCUGCCAAUGAAGGUGAGAGAGUUCAAUGUGAUGGUAUGAGUGAAACUGUUAUUGUUUCAGAAGAAAGAUGUGAGGGUCAUCAUGUUGUUGAAGGUGAAAUUGAGUGUGAAGGGGAUGUUAAUGAGGAUGUCAAUGAUGAUGUUAAUGAUGAUUUUAAUGAUGAUGCUGGUGAUGUUCGUAGUUGGAGUUCUAGUGGUGAGGAUGUUAAUCAUGAUGAUGGCAAUGAUUGUAUGGAAGGUCUGGUUGAUGUACAUGUUGACUUUGAUAUAGAAGAGGAGGUAGGAGAUGGAGUUGGUAAUGUUCAAGUUGAUGUGCAAUCUGAUGGAGCAUCAUGGAUUCAGAUGUCUGAUAGUGAUGUUGAUGAUGGAAUAAAUAGUGAUGAUGAUAGAGGUUUGUCUGAUGAUGAAUGGGAAUCCGAGGAAUUAGACAGUGGAGCAGAAAGUGAUGGUAAAGAUGAUGAAGACGAGGGUUAUGGGAAGUUUAAAACAUUCUCUAUGCCUAAGACAAUGCUAGAUCAUAAAUGGGAUCUGGGUACUUAUUUUGCUGACAAGCAAGACUUUGUGGAUGCCAUAAAAACAUACUGGUCACGUUUAAGAUUUAGCAGCACACCUCAAUGUGAUACUUUGGUCAACAACAUGUCCGAGGCUUUUAAUAGUGUUUUGGUGCAUACAAGGUCUAAGCCAAUCAUAAGCAUGUUGGAGGAGAUCCGCCUUUACUUGAUGAAGAGAUGGGCAACUAACAGGAGUAAAAUACAAUCAUUGUCUGGGGACAUUUGUCCUAAAAUCAAGACUAGGCUAAACAAGGAGUCUCAGUUAACUAAACAUUGGAUUCUGUGGAAGUGGGCUAUCACUGGCGUACCAUGUUGCCACUCAUUGGCAGUUAUGAAAUUCCUAAAUCUAGAUGUAGAGGACUUCAUACCAUGUUGCUUUAGGAAGUCAACAUAUGAAGAAAUAUACUCUUCAACUGUAUAUCCAAUAAAUGGUUACAAGAUGUGGGAGAUUACCACACAUGUUGAUGUCCUCCCUCCACCAAAAAGAAUAUUGCCUGAGAGACCAAAGAAGAAGCGAAAGUUGGAGCAAUGGGAGUUGGUCAAGGACGACAAAAGAAUGAGGAAGGGUGGUAUAAAGAAAAGAUGUGGCAUUUGUAAGCAACUGGGCCACAACAGAACUUCUUGCACCAAAUCAACCCAGACACCUGAUGUGAACUCUCACCAAACACAAGAAACUAACCCAUCAACUCAACCAAUGAUGCCAUCAUCAAAUCAAGAUGAAGUUGUAGGUCAAGGGGAUAUAUGA